AUGGCUGAAGAUUCUUCUGAUUCAAUUUUGUCUGCUUUAACAAUACCAAAAAUUCCAAAUAAUGGAUUUGAUGCGCAUACUUUCUAUUAUGAUUUUAUUAAAGACGUAGCCAAUUUUCUUUUACGUAAUACUCGACUUCACCUUCCUCCAAAACGUACUUUCACUAUUCUCGAAAUAGAAUUUUAUUUGCGUGAUGAAGUUAACGAUCAUUGUGAUCCCUUCAGUCAUGGUCAUGAACAUCAACUAACUUGUGGUGAAUGGUACUUUCAUCAUGUCGGUCGAUUUGGUUAUCGAGGUGGAUCAAGAAAAGGUAUCGAUAUUACGUUUGGUUCCAAAAAUAGAAAUAUAUAUGGUGGAAUAUUGAUACGCGCAAUAAGAGAUGAUGAAACUAAUCAAGUAAUAGAAGGACCAAGUUUAGUUGUUGAUAAGAUUCUGGAAUUAUGUGAUGUAGAUCAGCAAGGUGGUAUCCGAAAAUUAGUAGAGGUUAAAUGGAAAGGUCAAAGUGGGAUUUCAACAAAUAUGGAAAACUCUAAUGGUCUGGUAUAUUUAGAGAAGAUCGACGAUGAAAAUGCUAAUAACGUUGAUAUGUCGAUGAUUAUAGGAAAAAAAAGGCGCAAAAAUGCAACUGUCGUGACCUCACCUUUUUUCACUCAAGCAUUUUCAAAAAGGAUUAAAAAGGAUUAUCACGAAGAUUCAAGCAUGAACCGAUCAACUUCAGAACUUGUUUUAUAUAGCUCGCCAAGAGUUGGAUUGACACUUUUUAAUACACAGCCGUCUCCAUCUUGCCGACUGCGGUAUUUGUUAAAACCUUACAGAUUCUUUCUUUUUCCACAUCUUCUCAAUAAAGGCAAAAUGCAAAUUGUGAUCGGAUUAUACGAGCGAUUUAAAAAUAUUGACAAGGUGUCCGAAGCGUCGAAUAUUAGUCGAUCUGUAGUUGAACGAUGUAUUAAAGAAAUGACGGCUGGUAUGAAUAACGGUAAUAUCAACGAUUUUGUUGGAAAAAAAGGAAGAGGCACAAAUGGCAAUGAUUAUUGUCGUAUGGUUGGAGCGGUGAGAAAAUGGGAAACAGAAACAUACAAUAAAUCUGAACGUGAGCAUAUAUAG